AUGACCGUAAAAAGAAAAGAUAUUCAAAAAUUGGCCACGAAAAUGAAAGACUUCAUGAAAAAAUUAGGAUCUGACGUUGAAACUGCUGCUUUAAGAGAUUCACUUAAUUUUUCAAUUUUUAAUUUACAAAGAUAUUUCAAGUUUCACAAUGAUCAUCUUAAAUCCGUUUUGAAAUCUUCAUUUUCUAAAUCGUUCACAAUUUCUUCUGUUUUUGACAAAUAUUCGUUGAAAUGGUUUGAUUUGCCAAACAAAAAUCUUCCCGAUGACUUACCAGCAAUAAUGAAAGCUGUUAAAAUGUCUGACCAUUACCUUGUGCAAACUAUCAUUUUAGAAAGCGAGGAAGUGUAUAAGAGAGAUGGGUUGAGCAGGACUGCACUGAUGUAUGGUGUGCAUUAUUAUAAUGAAGGCACUUUCAGAUUGCUGGUAGAGCAUUGUGCAGACGUCAAUGAAGCUACUCAUGAUGGCAGGACAGCAACUCACAUAGCAUGCAUGGAAGACAAUGUAGAGGCACUGCAAAUCUUACACGCCAACAAUGCUGAUGUGACAUUGGUGGAUGACCUUGGCAGGAGAGCUCUUCAUUGGGCAGCAAUCAGCAAAGGAACAAAAUGUCUCCAGUACCUGCUUUCCCUGGAUGUAUCGGUUAGCAAGAUGAACAUGAAGAUGCAUGAUAAUGAUGGCAUGACUGCAAUGAUGUGGGCUGCUUGUAAGGACAAGGUCAAACACCUCAAACUUCUCAACAAAUUUGAUCUGUCAUUAGAAAAGGGGCAAUCAAAUGAUGAAGAAGAUGAUGUGGAUGACUAUGGAAGGAGAUGGAUACAUUGGUGCGUUCAAGGAAAUGCUUCCAUACGCUGCUUAAAGGAGUUCCUAAGUGAAGAUUAUUUGAAUGCAACUGAUAACUUGGGCAAGUCGUUGAUUCACAUGGCUGCGGAGAAUGGUUCAGUGGAUGCUUUGAAGUUCAUCGUAUCAUUUGAAAGGAGGCUUAAAACAGGCCUUGUAGCAUCGAACGGCCGCCAUGAUAACAAACGCAUUUCUGAAGACACUAACGAUGAUGAAGGUGAGGAAGAAGAAGAAGAGGAUGAUGAUGAAAAUAAUGAAGACGGAACCGAAAGUGCGAAUAAUGAAAACAAGGGCUGCAUAGAUAAUGAUGGUGAUAACAGUGAUGAUGAUAACAUGAUUGAUAGGAGGGAUGCCCUAGAUAGGACACCUCUCAUACUGGCCUCCAUGGCGGGUCAUGCUGAUGCGGUCAACUACUUACUCUCAAGAAAGGCUGACCUCAUGAAGGUUGACAGAUUCGGAGCAUCAGCCUGGGACUACGCUCGAACAAAUCAACUGCAUUAUUGCAUGCUCAUCAUUGCUUCCUACCUCAAACAAUCCAGCAACCAAUCACCUAACUUCUUCAUCAAUCAAUCAAUCAACUUCAACCAAUCGCUGUCAAGUGCUCGAUUGUUGGCAUCACCGUCGGUGGAGGAGAGAACCGCAAGGGACACAAAAGUUGAAAGAAGAUCUCUAUUCAGAAACUCAAAAAUCUCACACGAACCAAAUAGAGACAACGACGUUAAUAAUGGUGAAGAGUUGAAAUCAUCAAAAACUACACACCCAUCAGCAUCAGCAUCAACAUUAGUUAAACGAUUUACUGAAGCCACACCUCGUGAACGUACUGAACGGACGAAAUCAACUUUAAAUUAUCACCCACAAGAACAUCUAUCGCAACAACACCCACCGCAACAACAUCCACCCCAACAACACCCACAACUACAACACCCUCCGCAACAACAUCCGACAUCUCUUAAUCCUCGGCCGCCACCCGUUCAUGGCACCUCUUCAGAGAAGUUCAUCAGAAGGAUUAGGAGCAUCUCAGCUUCCAUCAAGGGUGAAUAUCAGCAAACAGACGCCAGCAACACUGGACCAGCAACUGAGAUUAAACAACCGAAACCCCCUUUAAAAGCAUCACCCCGAAAAAAAACGCGCGAUCGUGGGGGAGAUGCCACUGUUGCACAAGGUUCAUCCACUACUGAUAAAAAACAUAUUAGCAGGCAAACAGUAUUAGCACACAGCUCUUCAGACGAUACUGAUAUUGUUAGCAGUGACGAUGAUGAUAUCAACGAUUUAUACUUCAACAACUCAAAUUUUUCUGAAGAAACUAAAAAGAAAAACAAGAAAAAUAAAAAUCGAAAUGUUCACAAAAAAUUUAACAAAAUUAGACGAAAGUCAAAGCCAACACUUCAGCUAAAUAAACUAAAACCCCAACCAUUUUUGCAGCAACAACAUCAGCUGCAGCAGCAACAACAACAACAAAUCAUACAACAUCAAACCACAGACACCGAUGUUCCGAAGGGGGAAGAUGCCACAGGAAUGGAAUCGGCAAGAAGAACAGAGCAUGAAAACCACGAUAACAACCUAACAGCUCCAGACAACCGUAAUGUUUCCAUGAAGAAUAAAUAUGAAAGUGAUGGAACUGCUGAGAAGAGAGAAGAGAAUGUGCAAGCGACGCAAAACGUUAAUGCUGACUUGAACAAUGAUGACGCCGGUGCAAAGAACGAUAAAGUUGACAUGCUGAAUGUUGUCAGUAAGAACAAUUACGUCAAGUGGGAUCCGAGUGAAUACUCGUCGAACAAAGACAUCCGAUAA